AUGGUAAUUCUCAAAAAUCGCAACGCCCUUAGUGAAAUUUUCCAAAAUACAAGUCUAUACCAAAGUUUCCACACAAAUAGCAAGCCACGGCAGAUAUCCCCACUUUUACAGAUAACCAAUGUCCUCCCCACAGUCCCCCCCUCGACCCUCGCGCCGUCCAUUCAGAAAUCCCCGUUUUCUGUGGAGGGUCCGUUGACUCCUCGCCGAUCGUCAAUGUUUGUAAACACCGCGAUGGAGGAAGGGGAGAUCGCUGCGCCGGCCGAACCUGCCAGGAGAAAGGCUGCUACCACUGCGUCGCUCAAUAUCAGCAAGAAAAAUGCCACUCGGUUGAAGAGAGUAUCAUCCAUAUUGAGAAAAAAACAUGACAGUCUCACUCCAGAAGAGAGACGAAUUCUUGAAGAGAAUUCUGAAUUAGUUGAACAGUUUUAUAAAAGGCGAGAGAGACGGGCAGUUUGGCAAUCUCGGAAAACAGAACAGGAAGAUUCACCAGAGUUGUUGGAAGCCAAGUGCGAACAACUUGCACAGGCUAUCCAUGAUGCUGAAUUCCUGGUUGUGUACACUGGGGCUGGCAUCUCAACUGCUGCUUCUAUACCAGACUACAGAGGCCCAAAUGGAAUUUGGACAAUGCUGCAAAAGGGGUUAGACAUUGGGCACCAUGACCUCUCUGCAGCUGAGCCUACUCUAACACACAUGGCACUUUCUGCACUUUAUCACCAAAACAUUGUGAGACAUGUAGUUUCCCAAAACUGUGAUGGCCUCCACCUCCGCUCUGGCCUUCCCAAGACAGCAAUGUCUGAAGUCCACGGCAACAUGUAUAUUGAGGUUUGCAAGCACUGUGUUCCAGCACGGGAGUAUGUAAGAACUUUUGAUGUCACUGAGAGAACUUCCAUCUAUAAACACACUACAGGGCGCCGCUGUUAUAGAUGUGGUGAGCCUUUGAUAGAUACAAUUGUACAUUUUGGGGAGAGGGGGAAACUGCGAUGGCCUCUCAAUUGGCAAGGAGCAUGUCAGGCAGCCAAUGCCUGUGAUACAAUUCUCUGCUUGGGAUCAAGUUUAAAGGUUCUGAAAAAGUACCCAUGGCUUUGGCAAAUGGAUCGACCACCCAAAAAACGACCACAACUUUAUAUUGUCAACCUACAGUGGACCCCAAAGGAUAAGGAUGCAACUCUCAAGAUUAACGGAAAAUGUGAUGUUGUGAUGGCUUUAGUAAUGAAGGCCAUGGGGUAUGAACUCCCCUACUAUUGUAGGGCAAGUGACCCGAUUUUUCAUCUGUCGACCCCUCUUCAUCCUGGGGAAUACUCUACCACAACGCGGCCCCACCUCCAACCACCAAUGGAAGAUGAGGAAGAACCUGCUGCCAUGAAGGAGGAGGAGGAAGGCUCUGCCUCUGAUGUGAGAUGGAAAAAGGAUGGUGCGGACAAAUCAAAGAAAAGGAGAACUCGAGCGGAGGCUGAUGGGUACUUAGGUGACAAUGAAAUAAAAAAUGACAUUAAAAGUGAGAAUGAGAGCAAAUGUGAUAUCAAGACAGUGAAUGGCCUAACUUCUACUUGGGAUAUAAAAGCUGCUCACCUGAGUGAAAGUGAAGGUUCACUGCUACAAGAAAAGUUUAAAUGCAAUUCAUUUCUCCUUUGUGAUGACAGUCUUAUUAAAAGAGAAGAUGACAUGAAGCAAAAAAUUAAAGAUGAAGAAGACACUAGUGAAGAGAAAGUUUGGGUUGAGGAUACAAAUAGUGAGUGCAGUCAGUUUGUUAGGGAGAAUUCCUUAAUCAAUAGGUCUUUGGAGGAGGAGGAGGAGUUCAAAGGUGAUCCAAUGGAAGAAGAUGAAAUAAAAAAUGAGUCCAUGGAAGAAGAACCAAAGAGCGAGCCUUUGGAGGAAGAGGAAGAAGAGGAUGAGGAUACCAGAAAUGAGCCAUCAGAUGAAGAGGAAGUGAAAAGUGAACCUUUAGAAGAGGAUCUAAAAAGUGAUGGCUUAGAGAGUGAUGAAGAGUCUCAACUGUCAGAUGUGGAAUCUUGUACUUGGAUGAGUGAAAACCUGAGUGAAAAUUUUCUGAACACAAAUGUGAAUUCCCUGAAAAGUAGUGAAAGUUCAUGCUCAGAGUCUGAUCUAAGUGAGAAAGCAGACUGUGAGAAAGGAAAUGACAGUGACUCACCAGUGAGGAAAUGCAAUAACAUAGAUUAUUUCAAACUAGCCUAUUCAUCAACCAAUGUUAAGAUGGCUAAGCACGGGCAGGCUCUCUUAAAACAGAAUGAUUUCUAUGGCACAGGUCUUUGUAUCAGGUCCUUAGGGGAAAGUCCAGUGAGCAGUGGAAAAGAAAUGCGGGCAAAAAGUGCAAGUAAUGGGAUGAGAACAAAUGUAUAUUUCAAUGCUAAGGAAAUGUCUGUCAGUAAACAGUGCCAAGAAAGGGUGGCAGAUCAGUGUAGCAAUACUGAGCAACUUGUUGAUACUGUAGAGAGGGAUAGUGCAAACACCUACCUAAACCCUGCCUCAGCAACUGAUUCUAAAACGUCUAGUCUUCCUAACUGCCAUGAUUCUCCUUCCAUAUUAUCCAUGUGUUCAAGUGACAGUAGUGAUAAGGUAAUGGUUCCUAAUUCCCUGGUAGAAACAGAAGAAAGUGACUUAGUGGUUCAAAGAGAAGUUUUAACUUCCGGCAGUUUAAAGGAAAACCUUGACUUUCAGCUGAAACAGACAUAUGACAGAGAGCUUUCACUAGUUGUUCCUCAAUUUCACAGCAGUGUAUUACCUGUAGAGAAAGAUUGUGUUGUUAAGUCAGAAGAGGUUUGUGUAAAUGCUCAUUCUGCUGAAAAUAUGAAUCCAGCUGUCUCUAAUUCCUCAACUGAUGAAUAUAGUCAAAAUGGCUCAAUAGUGGCUGAUGGCAGUUUUUUACUUAGAACACAUAUUGUUGAUGGGAUAAUCAGGACAGCCUGUGUUGAAACACUUGUAGAAAAUGAAUCUGAAUGUAAAGAGGAAAUCCCAGAGGCUUGUGAUGCCUCUCAAGAGUCAUUUCCUAGAACUUGUGAGGGUCAAACUCAAUUACAGAACAGUACAGAUGCAAAAUAUUCAGUUGAAUCCUCUGAGAGUGAGGAGCUGAAGUCCAUAUGGUAUCAAAGCUUCUGUGGAACUAGUAGUAAUAAUAUAAUGGGUACUACCAAAAAGGAAGAAAGAAAAGGCACUAAUAAAUGCAAUCAUCAGAGUUCAGAAAAAUCAAGUUCUGUAAUUCUCAAAAAUAUAUGUACAGAAGCAUUGAAUGAUAGUGUUACUAGGCAAAAAGGAGCUGCCAAGAGAAAAUUUACAGGGUGUGAUAAUGAUGAUGUUAAGUACAUUUGGUUUUGGGGAUUUGAUAGUAACUCAGAGGUUAAGGAGAAAGAUGCUAUUGGAAAUGUUCCAGACAGAAGCAAUAAAGCACAGGAUACGAAUUCUUCACCUGAGGUUGAUGUUGAAGGAUUUGAUAGUGGUGACAGUCUUCCUGUUGGAAGAGUGACAAGGAGCAGAACUAGAGCAUCUUGUGACUCAAAAGUGGAACCAGAACCUGAUGUUUUCAAGUGUCACUGUAAUGGUAGCAAUCCAGAACUCUGCAAGCUGGCUAAGCUAAAACCUGCCAAAGUCAAGUGUGAUGAAGUGCAGAAAGCAAGAGACAUUAUAAAUAGGAGACGGACCUGCAAUUACCGUAGGUUUGAACCUGUUUUUGAGAAAAAUCUUGAGAGUUUGACAUAUGAAAGAGCUAAGACAAAAAGAAAAUCCAAAUUUGAGCAGGUGCAGAAUAAUGAGGAUUAUGAGGAAGAGGAAGACUUCGAAGAGCAAGAGAAUGAAAUGAAAGAAGAGGCUGAUCCAAAAAUGAGUGAUGGUGAAGAGUUCAGAGAGAAAGAUGAGAAAGAAGAGAAGAAAAUUACACCAGGCUGGUAUGGAAAAGGACUAAGGAAAAGUAUGAAGAAAAAGACAAGAGUGUAAACUUACAUACGAGACUCGGAAAUAUAAAUUUCAUUGACUUUUUAUGUCAUUUGCUGGAAAACUAGUGUGGUAUAUCUUAACAAUGCUUAAGGUCGCCUUUUUAUUUAGGAACUAGUAAUAUUAGAGUAUUCAAAAGUUGAGGCUGGUCACUUGUAGUACCUGAUGGGUGUGACAUGGAAGGUGGAAAUCUUUGUCAAGUUGAUUUAUGUUUAAGUUUGUACUUAUGUGAAGAUUGAAGAGACAAGUGAUAGUAUAUACUUCUAUAUCAUUAAAGUCACAAGAGCAGUUUUUUUUGAGAAGUCACCAGGGAGUGACAAGAUUUAAUGUGAUUUAGCUAAGGUGUCUGAUGUCUUUGGAGUCUAAGCUGUCCUGAAUGAAACAAGAAUACAAAAUAUCCUAUCAUAAAUUUUUAAGCUCAAU